AUGGCUUCACUCGGCCCAGAUGAGCGCUCAUCACUUCUUCCAAGGUCAAUUAGUCCUCCUUCCAACAAAGAUUUCACCUUUAAUAUCUGGCGAGACCUUGGCCUGCUUACCAGACGAACAAUCCCUAUCUGUCUUUCGUUCGCCCUCCAGAACGCCGUCCAAGCUAUUAGUGCGGUGAUAGCUGGAUCACUCGGGUCGUUCGAGCUAGAAGUCACCUCGUAUGGUUUCAUGUUCCUCUCGUGCACGGGUACGAUGCUGGCCAUUGGAGGAAGCACCGCCCUUGACACUUUGGGCGGUCAAGUCUUCACGUCCGAAGCCGCCACUGAAAAUCCAGAGAUCCUGGGACUCUUGUUACAGCAAUGUGUGCUCGUCUUGCUUGUCAUAUUUGGGAUCUUCAUCAUUCCCCUUUGGGUAUGUUCAGGGUACAUCUUCAUGGCCCUUGGUCAAGAACAGGAAUUUGCUUUUGCAACGGGCCGGUUUAUGAUUGUGAUGAUUCCUGCGGGCAUCUUGCAGGUCCUCGCCGAGUGUCUCAAGAAGUUUCUUCAAGUCCAAGGCGCCAGUUACGCCGUUGGAUGGGUUACCCUGACGGCCAGCACGGCUGGUGUCGUAACUACUUUGCUCAUUGUCAGGUGCAUGGAACUCGCCCUAUGGGGGGUACCUGCUGUUUUUGGCAUGUAUCAACUGUUCACAGCUGUCUUGUUACUCUGGCAGAUCUUCCAUACACCCUCGAUCAGAAAUACUUGGCGAGGGUCAAUAGCUGGAAUGACGAAAGGGUUGCCCCGCUUGUUUUCCUAUGCCGCCACUGGCAUCUUGACAAUUGCGACUGAAUGGUGGAGCUUUGAAAUCCUCGCCAUGAUGGCGGCGCGACUUGACAAGGAUUCUAUCGGCGCUCAAAGUAUCCUGAUGUCUUCGGACCUACUUUUCACGACUGUCUCUCUCGGAAUCAGCGUAGCAGCGAGCCAUCGCAUCGGAGGUCUACUUGGAGCUGAUCAGGGUUCGCUGGCGAAGAAGGCCGUUGUCACCCCAUUUUUGCUAUCCUUGAUCAUUGGGUCCCUUGAAUUUAUCGUCAUUAUGCUCGUACGAGGUUACUACGGUCGCCUCUUUACAGACGAACAAUCGGUCAUAGAGAAAACAGCUCAGGUUCUUCCGUUGAUGGCCGGGUUUCAAGUCCUGGAUCUAUCUAACGGCGGUGCUGGAGGUAUUCUGCGCGGUGCAUCCAAGAACCAUUUAUCAGGCCUCUGCAAUCUCAUUGGUUACUACGGAGUUGGCUUGACCUCUGCCUGGUUCUUGUGUUUUCAAAAAAGAUAUGGUCUUUUCGGUUUGUGGGCAGGUAUUAUCACCGGUAGCGGUGCACUUCUCGUCCUCCAGUCAUGCUGCAUCCUGAGUAUAUCUUGGAAAGAACUGAGCAGAGAGAUUUCUCACAGUACAUAG